AUGACAAAACGACAUCAACGCAUCAUCCCCGUGAUUGCGCUUGCCUUGUUGUUGGCACUGUUCUACCUCGGAGACCGCUGGCGGCCAUCGUGGUCGCGCCCGCCGUCGCCGCCGCCUGAAUUCUAUCCUUUCGAGACCGCGAGCGCAUUCUUCCCCGUCGCGCACGACGAUGUCGCAAACAAGACCAUCGAGGAGCUUUGCGCUUCCUUCCCCCACCACCUGACGCAGCGCAUCCAGCCCGUCCUCAAAAUGGGCCACGGGGAAAACCGCGACAUGAUCGAUGCACAAUUCCAAAGCGUAUCGGCCUGCUUCGGCGCGGACGAGCUCCUCGUCUUCUCCGACCUCGACGAGGUCAUCCACGGCCGUCACGCCAUCGACAUCCUCGCGAACCUGCCCCGAGCGUACCGCGACAACGACGCCGAAGGCCACGAGAACCCCGACUAUGCCAACUACGAGGCCAUGUACGCCCUCUCCCGCGAGGGCAAGUUGACCGUCGACAACGAUCCUGCUAGGGGCAAAAACGGCUGGCGCCUCGACAAGUACAAGUUCUUGGCCGAGGUCGAGCGGGCCUGGCUCAUGCGCCCAGGUCGUGACUUUUACGUCUUUUACGAGACCGACACAUACAUCUCUUGGGACAACAUGUUUCGCUUCCUCUCGAUGCUGGACCCGCAAGCUCUGUUUUACAUUGGAAGUCCGUCCCCCGGACGCCACGACGAGCAAAAGAAAGUCGACACGUGGUUCGCUAACGGCGGGCCUGGGUUUGUGCUUUCCCGAGGCGCUAUCGAGAAGCUGCUGGGGCGCCGAUCGUCGCCGAUCCACGGCCAGUUCAUCGAUCCCCCAUUUUCGCUUAGGUGGCUGGACCUGUUGCGGAGCGACCCGUGUGGGGACUCGAUUCUCGGCUGGGCCAUGUGGACCGCCGGGGUGCCCCUGAGUGGCUUCUUCCCCCUGUUCAAUCCCUAUCCAGCCCACGUCCUGCCCUACACGGAUCGGAUGUGGUGUCAGCCGUUCCUGACCAUGCACAAGCUCAGGCCCGAGGACAUGACGGGUCUCUGGCGGUGGGAGAACGCUAACCGGAAACUCGGACGGCCGCUUCUUUACUCGGACCUGUUCGUGUUCCUCCCGGUUGCAAGCGAAGAUGUCCGGUCCAACUGGGACAAUACCCUCUGGGACCGUCUUGCUCCGGGCCAUGAUACCAAAGCGGAUAGCCUACAGGCAUGCAAGCAGGCGUGUGAGGACAGCUCCGUGUGCAUGCAGUAUCACUGGCAGGGUGAGCAGACGCAGAAGUGCGUCCUGCAGGCUUUUAUGAGUCUUGGGGUAGCAAAGAAUCCGGAAACGGUGGAGAGGAAAAUUCCGAUUGCAGGGGGCGAUCAAGGAAAGGACGGCGCUGGUGAGGGGGAAGAGAAGUUUGAGAUCGUCAAGGAGGAUCUGAGCUACACGAGCGGCUGGCUCAAGGCGAGAAUCGACCGCUGGGUUGAGGAACACGUGUGUAAAACCCCCGAUUGGGUCUUCCCGAGUAUAGAACGCCACUACUAA